AUGGAAAAUUUAGAAGCAAGCUCUCCCUCUCGGUCGACCGGCUUCAAGCCAAUCGAUAUACUCGAUGAGCAGUUUGCUCAUUAUCUGGAACUGGCUAGACAGCUGCUUCCGAAAAUUAAAACCCACGCUGAUCGUCAAAUAUGCUCGAAGUAUAUAACGCGCUGCUGCCGGAUGAGCAACACCACCCAUACGGCCAAAAGCUACCGUAAUGAGUUCUUCCGCUACUUUCUGAAAGUGGUGGAAGCAACCAUAGCGAACCAAUUGCACUAUGUUGAAAUGGACAGUGAACUUGAGCCAAUGAAGGAUGAAGUGAAACAAAUCUACCGUUGGUCCGACGACCGAAAACGCUACGUUGCGGCCAAAAUCAUUCCUAACUACGCUACAAUUGUUUAUAUGGCUGUGUGCGACGAUCCUGAGCAAGGAUGGGAUAAUGGUGGUUUUGGGUGCUAUGAAUUUUAAUUAGAACGCUAAUUUUUAGA